AUGGUAGAAACGCAACCGGGGUCGCUGCGCGCCAAUGCCGGGCAAGGAGCCCCAGUAAUCAACAUCGCUGGGUCGGUUUUCGGUGGGGUCGCGGGAGUGGGCUCCACCACCACCAAUUUGGCCUGGGGUCGUGGCCGAGGCCAGAACCGAGGGGGGCGGGGCGGUGGGUGGAGAGGAGGAAGAGGAAGAGGACGAGGGGCGCUGUUGCCAAGGGGUAUUGCAGGCCAACCCGACCGACUGGAACAGCUGGAGGCUGCAUUGGCCCAGCAGCAGGAGACCAUUGCUCGCCUCCAACAGGAGAAUGCCGAGCUGUCGCGCCUGCGACUCCAAGAGGGGAGCGCAGAGCAGGCCAAUGAGGAGCCGACUGAUGCUCUCUCUAUCACAGACGGCCUUGAUGCCGAAUUCGAAAUCAACCUGGAUCUCGACUCCGACGGAGAGGAGAUGAAGUAG